GGUUGGAAAUGRAAGAUGUGUUUUCAAAUUCUGUUCAGAUGUUCAAUCAAUCAUCGACGGAAAUACUUGCUCUUUAYAACGCUUUAAACAACACGUUAAUUAACCUCAUCAAUGACAGCAAGAUAUGUGCCUUAAGUGGUUCACACUACUUUACAGAUAAAUUCGUCAGCCCGAAAAAUGGCACGGGUCCUAUCCUUGUACGGAUAAAACUCACGACAUCCUUCCCGCAUACAAACGUUGCGUAUAAUCUUCUUUUAAACCUUUCCAAGACUAAGCUGAAUUCAACUGGCUUGCAAGUUAGUCAAGGAUCAUCUGAAUACCGUGGUUGCCCUGCGCGAUAUAUUCAGCUUACUCGUUACUUUGGAGGCUCUUUGGAAAAUCCCACGAAAUACCAACGASGCCGUCAAAAUUAUCUUAAUUUUCGCAUAAAAUGUUACUGUAGUAUAGAACCACAAGUCAAGUAUGAGGUGAAAUUAGCUCGAAUUUCUAAGAUGGGAUACAUUUCGAAGUUUACUACUGWAGAUUAUGGUACUGCGUACAAUGUUUCAACAUUUUAUCACAAUURCGAAGUAAAGGCAUUGUCGCUUUCAGCGGGAAUUUACUACGUGACGGUAAAAGCUUGGUCUGCGAAUUUCAACACGUCGUGGGAUUUCAAACAUACGUUUAUCAACAUUUCAAGAAGUCCUUUAAAAGCCGAUAUUGUCGGYUCRGCGACGUGCGUUUACACACUUGGUUUGCCAUUUUAUGUAAACGCUUCAAAUUCAUACGAUGAAGAUUUGUAUCUUUCAGCUGAAGCAGCUUUUCCGUAUGAUGACGAUUUGAAUUACACUUGGACCUGCAAAAAAGUAGAGGAAACUAAAAUCAUUGACUUUAAGAGUCUUAACAACUUAACGGUAGUUAGUAACGAGAGCCCCAACAAUGGAUCAGGUGGCUGCUUUGGUACCGGCAUUGGUCGUUUACAACCAACUACCAGGAUAAUACAGUUUCAAAGUAGCGCUUUAACUGUUGGUAAAUACAUCAGAUUCCAAUUAUUUGUAACAAAAGACACACGACAUGCUGAAACAUAUGUAGAUUGCAAGGUCGUUGAUCCACCACCGAAGUUUACUGUAAGUUGCUUAUACAACUGCGCAAAGUUGACGAAAACAACUGCCCGACUUGCUCUUACACCUUCCUGUGACGACCCUUCUGGAUGUGGAGACAAAGCGACAUAUUCAUAUUUAUGGUUAUUGUUUGUCGACUCUGGAAAGAAAACUGAUUUUGGAAAAGGCUUCAAAGAAACAGUUUGGGACCGUGUUUAUUCUUACACUCGACUAACAGAAGAGACCAACCCCUUCUUAGUUCUUGGCGAGAACACCUUAGAACAAAAUCGACGAUACAGAAUCCAGUACACUGUAUUGAGUAAUGAAAAUGGGAAACGGGAGAUGAACUUUGACAUUAAAACUAAUACACUUCCGCAUUCAGGGACGUGCACACCUGACAAGACAGAGGUCGAGGCAGCCAUAGGAACAUUGAAUUUUGAAUGCAAAGGUUGGCGAGAUAACGAAAGUCCCUUCGUCAGCUACGAGGCAUGGACUCGAGCCUCAAAUAGCAGUGAUCAAAAACUUCUCUAUUUCGGGAACUCUAGUUUUUUCCAAUUAAGAUUACCAUUAGGAGAUGCAAGUAAUGGAUAUUCCUUAACACUUGAGUUGAAGAUCCGUGACGAUCUUCGUGAAAGUGCUGAUUUAGUAUUCAAUAUAACRGUGACGCCACCAAAAGUAGAAGAUAUCGGAACUGCUCUUUUGGACCUACUUAGCUCCCCGGGAGAUGAUGACCAAACGAAAUCCCAAAUUGGUCUUGCUUCGCUCAGUCUAAUCGGARAUAACGCAACUUCAUUGCGCUUUUCAACAGGCGAUAAAGCUGAGAUACGUGCCAAAAUACUGUCUUUGAUGGUGGACAUUCCGAUGAACGACACCAAAAAUAUCAACAUGGUGUCAGGAGUACUCAUAGAGUCAACUUCAAAGGUCGACGAAUUAACUGUUGAUGGACAAAUGCAGGCAAUAACAUCAGCUCUACAAAUGUCUGAGAGUCUUUCCAAAGACAAUAGCACUGACGAUCCAGGGGAUUUUGAUGAUACUGGGAAAACGCUACUUCAACUAACAGGGAAUGUCAUAACUGGAACUGCAUUCAAAAGUAAUAGCUCCAGCAGCGAAGAUAGCGAAGACGAUUCAAAGCUCAAAUCUGUAGCCCAAACAGCGGUCAAUACAACUUACUUAAUUACAAAAACACUUCUUGAUAAAAUUGUUGGGGGAGAGAAACCCAAGAAGCUGGAAACACCAUCACUUGGAAUAGAGAUUGCAAAAACAGAAGCUGAAAAAAUACCAGCGUCCUAUCAAGUCAAUGGAGGGGAAGUCAAAGUCUCUUCUUCGCUGAACUCACUUGUUUCGGAAGCUACCAAGUGCAAAAYACUUCCCUGUCAUACAUCUGAUAUGUUUGUAAGCUCGAUGGUUACAAUGUCAACUAACAAUCCCUUUAUCUGGGGUAACGGRACAAUUAAAGUGAACUCUCCUGUCAUCAGCUUAGAAUACUUAUCAAAUAGUGGAAAUCAAAUAUCUGUAAAAGGACUAGACGAUGAAUUUAAGCUUACAAUACCAGUUAAGGCAAAUCCGAAAGAAAAUAAAGAAUUCUUUAUCACACCAGACACUGAUUGCGUACAACACAGAAUAACAGUGAAUAAAAAAGACACAGCCUUUGACUUGAUAUUCAAGCUUUUUCAAGAKAAAUACAUGACUAUCUACAUUCGCUAUGGAAAACGAGCGACGAAACAAUACUAUGACUACAAAUAUCUUCAUCCUGACUUGUCAUCAUGUGAAAAACCUCCUGACCGUGACAAUUGUACGGGCGUAGAGGAUUUUAUGAAUUGUAUGGGCUUGGAGUUCAAUAGCACGGCCAAAAACUGCACAAAUGUUACUUUUCCUGAUGUCAGUUUCCUUUCAAACUCAAACAAGCCACGCAAUCUAUCUCUCUGUACCAGCUACCACAAAGUGGCUACCUGCCCUCCAUGUCCUCCUAUUCCCUACAAUCCCAUAAAUGCAAGUGCUGAUAAUAACACGUUUCAAGAAAACAUCAAAGGAAGACCGGAUUGUGGUCCAAACGCCACGAUGGCAGCUUGUCCUGAACUUCAGACAUUUCUAGACUGUCAAAAUCUUACUUUGGGGCGAUACAAAGAAUGCAAACCACUUCUAACAAAAAGAAAACUAAUUUACAACAAAUACUAUAAAUGUCACGAUAAUAUCUGGAGACGGUUUUUCGGUACUGACAUCUUUAACAUCUCUGGGACGUAUAACGUGGCACUGUGCUAUGACUCUCAACAGUUAUCGUCUCAGACAACAUCUAAACUAACAACAACAUCAAGCACGGAAACAAUGAAAGCUACAAAUAGCACACCAGUGACAACUAACACAACAAAAACAUCUAAYAGUACAACAUCUCUUAGAACCAAACCCGUUAUCACUAUAGCAGCAACAGCAACAUCACCUACUCCGGUUAAGACAACACCAAAUGCAGCAAACAAUCGUCGUAAGAGAUCAUUGUCCAGUACAGAAUUUGACUUUUUUGAUGAUGAUGAAAAUAUGAUUGAAAAUGCAAAAUAUGAUGAAUAUGAGAGUCAUUUGUCGAAACUGCAUCGUUCGCGAAGAGAAACAACAGGACGAAAAUGUGCUGUAGUGGAGGAAAAGCCACCACCAACUAUCCCUCCAAAGCCAACUGAAUUCCCUCCUUUARGACCUCAAGUGUUCAAUGCUUCUACAUCAGUUAAUUAUACCUUUGAAAGUAAUCUCUUUACAUGUCCUUAUUGGAAUGCAACAAAAGAGAUGUGGGACACCAAUGGCUGCAGGCCGCAUAGAAACUCUUCCAAUACAGAGCUCGUGUGUUUGUGCAACCAUCUGACGACAUUUGGAGCUGACAUGUUGGUGGCUCCUAAUUCUAUUGAUMUUGACGCGGUAAUUGCUGGAUUUUCACAAUUGGGCGAAACUGGAAAUUUUUCUGUCCUUUUUAUCAUUAUUGGUUUGCUUCUACUGUAUGGUGUGGCCGUGAUAUUUGCUCGAAGGGCUGAUAAAAAGAGCGAGGCUUUGGUUUCUAAAACAAGAAUCGGUGAAAUUACCGAAGUUGGUCAUAACUAUGAAGUAACCGUUUCCACUGGGGCUUUCCGUGGCUCAGGAACAACAGCUAAUGCCGCUAUGGUAAUGAGUGGGGAAAAAGGGUGUUCACAAGUUAUUCCUCUUGUAGACGAAAACGGAACAUCUAAAGAAAUUCUUUCACGUGGCAACGUGGUAAAUAUAAUAUUUAAUACUGUAGAAGACAUCGGGGACAUUAAUUUCAUUCGAAUCUGGCACAAUAAUAAAGGAAGCAACCCAUCUUGGUUUUUGAGGCAAGUGACCAUUUGUGAUAUUGCCAGUAACAAAAAAUGGYUCUUUCUUUGCAAUGGUUGGUUGGCUGUUGACAAAGAAGAUGGUAGAAUUGAUCGACGAUUAUAUCCCACUUCUGAACGUGACCAAACUGAGUUCAAAAGUUUAUUUUACUCGCAUACUGCUAAAAGUUUUAGUGACAAUCAUUUAUGGAUUUCUGUUGUUCUUCGUCCUCCCACCAGUACAUUUAAUAGAGUACAAAGGGUUACGUGUUGUUUGUCUUUGCUUUUUUCUGCAAUGCUGGCGAAUGCAAUGUUUUACCAGAAUGGUGCUGGUGAUUCUGAUUCGAUUCAAAUUGGACCAAUAAAGAUCAAUUUUAAGCAAAUCAUCAUCGGGAUUGAAAGUGGGCUCAUUAUAGCUCCAGUCAACCUUCUUAUUAUGACUCUAUUUCGGAAGGCASGACCUGAAAGCGAGAGCAAGAAUGGUCAAAAUAACGAAAGCUAUAAAAGUUGUAAAACAAAGGAGGAAUCAAAAGUGUGCGAGACGCUAAACGGUGAAAAAGCACAAAAAACAAGGAAUGAAGAAAAGAAACUUAAUCAACGGUCGAGAAAUUCAAGAUUGAAUGAAGCAGAUCAUGAAAAAAAUACAUACGCAGGAACUACAGAUACUAAAGAUAUAAGGGCGUCAUCUUCAGAUCUAGUUAGGAAGGAAAACGAAAGGAAAGGGGGCCUCCCACGCUGGUGUAUUUAUKUUGCCUAUAUUUUAUGUGUACUAACUACUCUUGCAUCAGCGACUGUUGUCUUAUUCUAUUCCAUGAUGUGGGGCACUGAGAAAUCAAAUGAAUGGAUGAUUUCAGUUGCACUGUCUUUAUUCCAGGACAUUCUUAUCAUUCAACCAUUGAAAGUAUUUGCAGUCGUAAUGAUAUUCUCACUUGUCUUCCGAAAACCACCCGAAGAAGAUAAAUUGACUACAUAUGAAAGCAAACCCUGUGAGAACUCGAAAGGAAUUCCAAGUGAUAUGUCUAUUAAAGAAUUGGGAAAUGACAUAGACUUUGCGCCUCUUGGUAAUGAAGAUAUUGAAGAGGCUCAGUCACUCCAGCUCAAAAAGARCGCCGCCCAUUUGACAAUCAAAGAAAUCGUGCUUCACUUGGGUUUCUUCCUAUUGUUGUCAACAAUUAUGUUCGGUUCACAGAGCUCUCAUCGCUAUGAGAUUCACAAACAUAUGGGCCAAGUUUUCAAAAAUAGUGAAAAGGUCAUCGAUGCCUAUAAGUUCUGGACUUGGUGUGAGAACAAGCUUCUUCCUGGUCUUUAUAAAACCCWUUGGUAUAACGGCAAAAAUUUCACUGAUGAAAGAGAAGGCUUUAUUUCAGAUAAACAUUCUGUCUUGAUAAGUAUGCCACGCCUUCGCCAAGGCCGAGUUAAGUCAGAGGAGUGUAUCUACACCAAAGAGUACAAAAAGCUACAAGAGAUGUUUCCCACGUGCUAUCCACAUUACUCCAUGWCYAAAGCAGAUGAAAGUCCACCWUCAACUUUGAAUAAUCCACAAGUCAACGUGGAACUGAACGACAGCGUGCUGAGCGGUGAAAUUGGAUUUGAACGAAUGUGUCUUCAGCCCUUUAUUGUUCAAUCAGCCAGUAAKCUYGGCACACUGCCAGUUGUAACAAGCGAUGCAACCUAUUCUGGYAGUGGAAUGGUAGCCGAUUUGGGCUAUGACUAUGCAACUGCAAGGGAAGUACUGAUUAAYUUGAAAGAAGACCGUUGGAUUUCCAGRCAGACAAGAGUAGUAUUCGUAGAAUUCGUUGUAUUUGAACCAGCAUCACUGCUUUAUGCUUUUGCUCGAUUUUCAUUCGAACAGAUGCCAACGGGAGCAAUGGUACCUUCUUAUCGGAUCGAGCCAUUUGCUCUUUAUGGMGUCGGACAGAGUUCUUUCAAGACAUUACUWUUGAUAAUAGAGAUAGUGUUGGUGAUUUCUAUUAUCGCACUUUUGUUUAGACUGAUCUUAAAACUGGCAAAAGAGAARAAGAUGUUUUUCAAAGAAAUAUGGAACAUCCAYCAGCUGGUCAUGCUUAUUCUCUCCUUGGUACUAAUCAUAUUAAUUUUUGCACGAGAAACGUAUGUUAGGAGCCUAAUCAAAUCCAUACAGGAGAAUCCUUAUUCAAGAAUGAGUUUUGACUAUGUUCAGUCUGGUACUGAUGUAGUAAACUCCAUUGCUGCUGUCGUAAUCUUCCUCGCUACCAYCAAACUUCUACAGUUAUUCAAUUUUAACAUGAAGAUUCAAACGUUUAUCCAUGUCAUUAAGAGAUGUAAGUCAUCCCUCCUUUCAUACGGAUUGAUUUUUUGUAUCAUUUUCCUGGCAUUYGCRCAAACCGGAAAUUUCAUCUUUGGCGAAAGUUUAAUGAUGUAUUCCACCAUCGUUCGAUCAUUUGUUAAUGUCUUCCAAAUGCCUUUGGGAAAAGGCUUAUUUUUCCACGACUUAAAGGACAUCGAUGGGGUAAUGGGGCCUAUUUUCAUAUUUUGCUAYUUCAUGACCACUACACUGCUCCUUGUUAACUUUUUUGUUGCAAUCCUCAAUGAUGGGUACGUUGAAGGRUGUGAAAUAAUGACGAGUGAAACAGAUGAAGACGCAAUCAUGGCUGAGUUCAUGUCAAAGUACAUCAAAUCGUCCUUGCGAGAUAUUUCAAGGGAUCUCAGAGUCAUACCGACGUCUAAAGAAGAAAGAUACAAACCAGAAGAUCCGGAAACUGUGAGAAAAAAAGAAGUUGACUAUUUCCUCUACUAAUAUGCUAGCUAGUAGCACUUGUAAAAAAACAGAGCACUUAACAAAAAAUAUAUUUGUGUUUGGACGAAGCCUAAACUUUGUGCUGGUUUACAGUAAAACAAGACUUCAGGAAAAUUUAUCUAUUUUUCAAUUACUUACUCCGUCAAAAAUCUUGAUCCUUGGGCAUAAACGUAGGCUUAGUCUAAAACCUGAAAAUACAUGUGUAGCUAGAAAUCCACGUUUAAUUUAAGGACGAGCGACAUUUGCAAAAACCUCAACCGUCGUGACUGUUUCAUAGUGGCUGGAAACCCAUACAAAUAAACAAGGAUAGGGAGGGUUGACACGUUAGCUAGUGCACACAUCCAUACAUCAUGUACCAGUGUUUUAUAACUUGUCACAUACAAGUUUCUUUUAGUUUCUUCCACAGAUAGUCCUCAUUUGACUAAGAGCGAACUUUUCGCACUCUGAAGAAAAUCUCAAUAAAAAUGUUUCUUUUUC